AUGCAGAAACUAAUCCGGGCUUCUGUGUCAGAAUUUUACUGGCUAGCGUUUUCUCGUGUACGUACGUUUUGUGCAGCUUGGUACGAUUUUGCCGGAAACUUCGCUUGUAUCGUCUAUUUUAAAAUGGAUAUAAAUGAUAUCAAAUCGUUUACUCUGCCAACCACCGACACUAUCGGAAUGGAGGCAAAUCGUGAGGUGUCUCAGAUAUGUGCUCGUCUUGUUACCACAGUGGAUAAACCAACACCACCACCACAACAACAACAACAACCAGGUUUGAGUCAUCCUACACCUUUGUUUGAUUUCUCAAACGUUCCCGAUCAAAGUCGUUCAGAGGAACGGAUUUUAUUCCAUCCAGAUUGUGGAUACGAUUCAUGCUGGUCAGGGUCGUGCAUAUUGUGUGCUAUGUAUCUAUUCGAUAUCAUUGUUUCGUUGUUUUGUUCGUGA